GCGAGCUGCAUGUCCCAUUGGAAGUGUGUGGUGCGGUCGUCAAGAGAGAACUUGACUUCUGGCAAAUCAACGAGCUGGAGAUCAAGGCGUGUUGCUGGCGGCAUUACCGAUCGUACAUUGAAAACCAGAACAUUCUAGACUCUUUUAAUCACAGCUUGUUGAGUCAGGCGGUCGAAGUGGAUUUAAACGCUCUCACCGGAUGGCCUAGAAUCCAGUGGAAGGUUUGGCUGAUCCUUGAGUAUCCACGGACAUCCAAACCGGCAAUGGUUUAUGGAGUGGCCUCAUUCCUAUUCGUGGUAACAUCGAUCGCCGGCUUCUGCCUGGAGACGUUGCCUGAACUCCGGCCACAAUUUCACAACGACACUACAGCCUGCGAGGGCGAACAUCCGGUGGAGCUUGGUCGGGCCAUGACAGCCCACGAAGCACUAACAAUUGUUGAUAUCAUCUGUACUGUAUUUUUCACUCUCGAGCUUAUACUCAG